AAUUCAACAUCUCAUUGGUCCUAGGAAAAUAUGGUUCGAUUGAGGUGCAGAGUCUGAUCUAUCUCAUCCUCCCUCCUCCGGCAAAAAUGUGCGGCGCCGUCGCCCCAAGGUUCAUCUUCAUCCUCCGCCACAAUCUCCGUCUCCUCUCUCCCUCUUUCUCCUCUCAUUUCCACCACCGCACUCUCUUUUCUUCAUUCACUCGUUCUCCUUCUUCUUCUUCUCUCACACCAAAACUCAAACUUAAAGCCUCACACCACCACCAACAACAACAACACAUUCACACCCAACCUUCACAAUCUCCUCUCACUGGGACCCACCAUCCAUGGCCAGAGUUUUCCAGAUUUCUCUCACACAUCUCCUCCGCCGGCUACACUUCCCCCUCCGAUGCUUUCUCUCCCACCGUAGAAUUGUCGCAGGCUGAAGUCAGUGCUUGCUUGUCUUUCGCUCGAGAUAGACCUAACCUUCUCAGGUUGCUUUCGAUCAGAGACGUAGCAGUUGUGGUUCAACAUGGUACUCCUUUUAUGUUCUCGGACUCGCAGGAUUCUGUUUCCAAGAUGAAGUCUUUUCUAUCCAACGGUGACUCCACUGCCUUGGACUCUGAUAAAGCAAAUAUGGUUGAUCUGAUGAAAUUUAUGCUGAGUUACGCAAGUAGCUGCUUGGUCUCUUCAGAAAUGAACAAUCUUUAUAACAGAAAUCUUGUUGAAUCCUCUGUCAGAAACCUAUUUGGUGAACUUUUCAAGCUGAGUUAUAGCACACCUGGUCCUAACUCUUUUGAUUCAGUGCAAAAUCAAAUGCCUGGUGGUAGAUUUGAGCAUACAAUGCCUCCCGGACAAAACAUUGAAAUGAAAAGGGGUGAUUGGAUUUGCCCAAGGUGUAAUUUCAUGAAUUUUGCAAGAAAUAUGAAAUGUCUUGAAUGUGAAGAAGCAAGGCCAAAAAGGCAACUGACUGGAGGAGAAUGGGAAUGUCCUCAGUGUGAUUUUCAUAAUUAUGGGAGGAAUGUAGCUUGCUUACGGUGUGAUUGCAAGCGGCCUGGACAAAUAUCUUUGGGUUCCAUCAAUACCACAUCACAUCCAGGGUAUGGAAAUGUAAACCAUUCUAAUACUUCAGAUAUUGAUGCUAGGUUGGUGGCUAAUGAAGAGAAGGCACGACGUUGGUUUAACAAGGUUUCUCAACUAGACAGCAACUCUGAUAUUAACAGUGUGAUAGAUGAUGAAGAUUUUCCGGAAAUAAUGCCGUUAAGGAAAGGAGUUAAUAGAUUUGUUGUAAGCACAAGGAAAACUCCACUGGAGAGGAGGUUGACCAAUGCUCAAUACAAGAGAAGCUUGGGAAAUAACGACGCUCCCGAAGUUAAGGACUAUAAAACUGGGGAGUCAGCCAAGUCUCGUGAUACUCUGGACGACAUUCUAGGUCGUUCAACUGGCCCUCCUCGAUCUGACUACAAAAACAUGGGUGCUGAGCAAAGUUUCAGUGGAGAAAGACAACCGUCAAUUGCUAGCAAUACAUCACAUUUCCAAGAUGUGAAAGGGAACAACACUAAUACCCUUUCCCCUUUUCCAUCAUAUGCCAGUUCCGGUGACACCGACAGUACACAACUUUCUACUAACUCUUCAAGUGAAAACGUCAUCAAGGACAAAGAGAGAGAGCAAGCUGAAAAAUCUGAUAGAUGGUUUAGAAAGAUUGCGGAGCUGAAUGAUGUUCCAGAUAUAACAAGUGCAAUAUCCGAUGAUGAUUUCCCUGAAAUAAUGCCAAUGCGUAAAGGAGAAAAUCGAUUUGUUUUUAGCAAGAAAAAGGAUCGGUCCUUGACAACACCAGCAUAUAAGAGACGUUUGGCCAUGGAGCAAUCUGGCAAUACUAACUUUGUCCCCUUAGUACCCUUUCCCCCAGAUUACUUUGCCAAAAAGGAAAAACCACAGGCAGAUGGAACAGAUUCAACAGACAGGUCCAAUGUUGAAUCAUCCUCAGUAUCUGAAGGGACUGAGAUGUCAGGUGAUGCUACAGCUAGACCUGAACAGAGUCCAGGACCUUCUUCUGAUCAGAUCUCAAGUAAAAACAAUCGUAUUGGUUCUACUUAUGCGGCUUCAAGCAGUGGAAAUUCAAGUCAGGAUUUUAAGAGACGUUUGGCCAUGGAGCAAUCUGGCAAUACUAACUUUGUCCCCUUAGUGCCCUUUCCCCCAGAUUACUUUGCCAAAAAGGAAAAACCACAGGCAGAUGGAAAUGUUGAAUCAUCCGCAGUAUCUGAAGGGACUGAGAUGUCAGGUGAUGCUACAGCUAGACCUGAACAGAGUCCAGGACCUUCUUCUGAUCAGAUCUCAAGUAAAAACAAUCGUAUUGGUUCUACUUAUGCGGCUUCAAGCAGUGGAGAUUCAAGUCAGGAUUUUAAGAGACGUUUGGCCAUGGAGCAAUCUGGCAAUACUAACUUUGUCCCCUUAGUACCCUUUCCCCCAGAUUACUUUGCCAAAAAGGAAAAACCACAGGCAGAUGGAACAGAUUCAACAGACAGGUCCAAUGUUGAAUCAUCCUCAGUAUCUGAAGGGACUGAGAUGUCAGGUGAUGCUACAGCUAGACCUGAACAGAGUCCAGGACCUUCUUCUGAUCAGAUCUCAAGUAAAAACAAUCGUAUUGGUUCUACUUAUGCGGCUUCAAGCAGUGGAGAUUCAAGUCAGGAUUUUAAGAGACGUUUGGCCAUGGAGCAAUCUGGCAAUACUAACUUUGUCCCCUUAGUACCCUUUCCCCCAGAUUACUUUGCCAAAAAGGAAAAACCACAGGCAGAUGGAACAGAUUCAACAGACAGGUCCAAUGUUGAAUCAUCCUCAGUAUCUGAAGGGACUGAGAUGUCAGGUGAUGCUACAGCUAGACCUGAACAGAGUCCAGGACCUUCUUCUGAUCAGAUCUCAAGUAAAAACAAUCGUAUUGGUUCUACUUAUGCGGCUUCAAGCAGUGGAAAUUCAAGUCAGGAUUUUAAGAGACGUUUGGCCAUGGAGCAAUCUGGCAAUACUAACUUUGUCCCCUUAGUACCCUUUCCCCCAGAUUACUUUGCCAAAAAGGAAAAACCACAGGCAGAUGGAACAGAUUCAACAGACAGGUCCAAUGUUGAAUCAUCCUCAGUAUCUGAAGGGACUGAGAUGUCAGGUGAUGCUACAGCUAGACCUGAACAGAGUCCAGGACCUUCUUCUGAUCAGAUCUCAAGUAAAAACAAUCGUAUUGGUUCUACUUAUGCUGCUUCAAGCAGUGGAAAUUCAAGUCAGGAUUUUAAUCAAGAUCAUGUGCCAAAUCUGACAGAGAGUUCAUCCACAGAUUCAGCAGCUGAGAACCAGAGUGUCGGAACAGAAUGGUCAGGGAAAAGUUUAGAGGGAUCAGCGGUAAGGGAACCGGAUCCUUUGGAUAUGUCUGAGGAGGCAAAGGCAGAGAGGUGGUUCCGUCGUGUUGCCCAAAUUAAGGAUAUUUCUGAGCUCAGUCAGAUUCCAGAUGAAGAUUUUCCUUCAAUAAUGCCUAUGCGUAAAGGGGUGAACAGAUUCGUUGUGAGCAAGCGGAAAACACCACUGGAAAGGAGAUUGACAUCUCAGCAGUACCGAAGAAAUCUUCCAGCUGUGAGCUCAGAUCCUGUUAAGAGAGAAAAUGAAGGUAGCUGAAGAGUAUUUGUAGGCGAUGUUAAAAUUUUACCAUCAAUUAUACAAAAGGAAAACGAAGAUGUGGAAAACAUGAAUAUUAAAACAUUUUGUUGUGACAUCUGUAAGAGAAUUUUGACAUCAAUAAUUUAUCUAUCUCUGUUGAGGCUCCUUUGAUUUAUUUCAUAUUGGAGAUGGGGACGAGCUUGUCAUAUUUCAUAAAUAAGUGAAGUGAUGCAUUAAAACCAA